AUGGCCGACCCCCGCGUUGAAGAGCUUCCCGAUGAGGAGGUCCCCAACACCAAUGUUGAGAGCGACUCCGAGUCCGAGGGUGAGGUUGAGCCCUCCAUCCCCGGCGGCGCCUCUGUCAUGAUUCACUCUCGCAACGAGAAGAAGGCUCGCAAGGCCAUUGCCAAGCUUGGCCUCAAGCACGUCCCCGGCAUCACCCGUGUCACCCUCCGCCGCCCCAAGAACGUUCUCUUUGUCGUUAGCCAGCCCGAUGUCUACCGCUCCCCCAACAGCAACACCUGGAUCAUCUUCGGUGAGGCCAAGAUUGAGGACUUGAACGCCCAGGCUCAGGCUACCGCUGCUCAGCAGCUCGCUGCCGCCGAGGCCGCCGGUGAUCACGCUGGUCACGACCACGACCACGAGCACGACCACGAGCACGAGAACGAGCUCGGUGCUCCCAUCGAGCCCAAGAAGGAGGAUGAGGAGGAUGAUGGUGAGGAGGUUGACGAGACUGGCCUUGAGGGCAAGGACAUCGACCUUGUCAUGGCUCAGGCUAGCGUUUCCCGCAAGAAGGCUGUCAAGGCUCUGCGGGAGAACGACAACGAUAUUGUCAACUCCAUUAUGGCUCUCAGCAUUUGA